ACCAGCGAUAAUCUUCAAGUCGCAACGAAAACAGAGCUCCCACAAUGGCCCCCAGCAAGACACGGACAGUCAAAAACAAACACGCGGGCUCCAAGAGCGGCGCGGGCGCCCCCGGAAAGGGAGGAGCCUCGAAGCGCUCCUCCACCGAUGGCGUCUCCAAGUCCAAGAAGCCAAAGGGCCCCGUCGUGUCGCAGCAGGUCAAGGAGAAGAACCGCGCCCUGCUGAUGAAGAGGCCGAAGAAGAAGACGUACACGGCGGAGGAGCUGGGGAUCCCGACGCUCAACAUGAUUACGCCCGUGGGCGUCGAGAAGCCCAAGGGCAAGAAGAAGGGCAAGGUGUUUGUGGACGACAAGGAGAGCAUGACGACUAUUCUAUCGCUUGUUCAAGCUGAAAAGGAAGGCCACAUCGAAUCGAAGAUCAUGAAGGCCCGGCAAAUGGAGGAAAUCCGUGAAGCCAGAAGGCUGGAGGCUGAGAAGAAGUCAGCCGAAAAGAAGGCGAAAUUCGAGGACACCAAGGAGUCUCUGCGCAAGAAGCGCAAGAGAAAGAACGAUAGCGAAGGCGGCGAUAACCUGAAGAGCAUAUCGCAGACAGGCUCAAAAGCGGUCAAGGGGUCGAAGAAGAAGGUGUCAUUCGCAUGAUGCGCACUAGGCAUGUAAUUGGGAGGGGAGAGGGGAGGCUAUGGAAAUGUACAUUGCAUCGAAUUGGUUGCUUUUCCUACGGGCGCAUGGAGUUGGGGCAUAUCAUCAAUAG